ACUAGAAGACAGAAACUCUGGGUAUGCCAGGGGCAAAGCUGUUCCUGCACGUCCUGGAGUCAAGAGGACAUCUUGGCUUCUCACCAACAACAAAACUGAAGGAAGAUCCUUGGAAGAGGCUUGUGGGUGCCACCAUGAUGCCCCAACUCUUGGCUCUGCUCUGCACUGGGCUGUGUGCCGGCCAAGGAAGCAGGACAACUGAUGAGUCCCUUCCCAAGCCCUCCCUCAGGGCCUGGCCCAGCUCGGUGGUGCCUCGCGAGAGUAAUGUGACACUGCAGUGCCAAACGUCUACCAAGAAUGUCAACUUUGUUCUCAGAAAGGGAAAAGUUCCACUGCAGUCCGUGCAAUCACGGGCUUCCACAGAGGGCCUGGCUGAAUUUCACCUCACUGACCUAAAAACCGACAAUGCUGGAGAGUACAGCUGUGAGUACUACAGACUAGGGAGCCCGUCCGUAAGUUCGCGGCCCAGUGACGUCCUCUUACUGCUGGUGACAGGAGAGUUAUCUAAACCUUCCCUCCAAGCCCACCCAAGGGGGGAGGUGAAUGCAGGAGACACUGUGACCCUGCAGUGCCAGAGGCCAGACAAUAUUUUCGCGCCUGUAAUGUUCGCUCUACUGAAGGCGGGGGCAGCAGAGCCCAUACGGGUCCAGAGUCCUGCAGGGAAGGAGACGGACUUCUCCCUCCGGACUGUGACAGUCAGUGAUGCCGGGAACUACAGCUGUGUGUACUUCCAGACGGGGAUUCCUUUCUGGGCUUCACACCCUAGCGAUCAUCUUGAGAUCCAGGUGACAGAUAAAACUGAAAGGAAGUCUCCCAAGAUGGCAGAAACAGAGCUGGGGACCACUGGGAUCACCCUCAUUGUCAUCUUCAUCUUUCUCUUCCUCCUUGGAACCUUCCUCAUCUGCAAAUACACCCGAUGUGGGGCAGCUCCGGACAAGAUGACCAAACGGUCCCACUCUAAGGAACCUGAAGAAAUGGGGACAAGUAUUCAGCCUGAGAAAGAAAAUGGUGAUCCACCUGCAGCUACGACGAACUGCUCUCCUGCCUCGGGAAUACUUGAUCCUUUUCUCCUUGCUUCCCUUGAGAUUAAAACAUCCCAGGUCUCAAGAGCUGAGGAACCCCAUGGAGUGACUUAUGCUGAGCUGAACACCAGAGCCCUAAGUGAGGGUCCCUCCAGCCAAAUGGAGCAGCCUCUGGAAACCUGUGUGUACUCAACCCUUACGGCAAAGCCAGGAAAGCACCUGGAGCCUGGGAAGGAAGAACUUCCAACAAGGGGAUGGAUGAUGGAGAGAGGACCCCUGAGGCACUAAGCAAAUGGGGGAUCCCUUUCCUCAAAUCUCCAAUGAAGACUUGUUUCCUUCUUCUAAAAAUUUAUUUUUUUUAAAUAAGAGGUAUCAUUUGCAUAGAGUAAGAUGCACAAACCUUAUCUCUACCUAUCUUCUUUGGUAUAACCACUGUCCAAAUAAAAAAAGUAUUUCUAGCACUCCAAAAGGUUUCUUUGUGCCACUCUCCAGCUAA